GUCUUGGCCCGGCAUCGGCAUCGCCUUAUACGAGCCCUAUAACUCAUAAAUCCAGCAAGGUCGGACCCGCAGCGCUGGCGCGCCGCCGCCGCCUCACCCUCAGACGCCUCCGGCGCGCCAUGCUGGCCUGGCUCCAGGCAUGCAUCAAUUGGCUCUGUAAACAGUGGGCCUGGCUCUUCGCAAAACGUGUCAGAUUGAACAACAGCUCGGUCGACGUCGGCCCCGUGCUCGCCGAGGGCGGCUUCGCGACGGUCUAUGAAGCUGUGGAUGUGAGGACGAAGCGAUCGAUAGCAAUAAAACAAAUUAGGUGCCCCGACGCCGACCACGCCCAGCGCGCCGACGCGGAGAUUGAAGCGCAUGGCAAGUUAAGGCAUGCUACGAUUGCCGAGUUAUUGGACUACGGCAUCGAGAGAAAUGUCUACCGACUGGCCUUCCCGUUGUAUGGCGUUUCCGUCCGAAAGCUUUUAGACGACGCCUUGGCCACGAGGACGUGCCUGACGCCCCAGAUGGCGGCGUCCAUCCUCGUCGCAGUCGGAGAGGCCCUCGCCGAGUGCCACGCUUCACAAAUAUGUCACGGUGACCUGAAACCGGAUAAUGUCCUCCAGCACAACUCGUCGUGGGUCCUCGUGGACCUCGGGUCUUGUUCGGGGUUUGGGGCACCUCUACAGGAUAGAAGGGACUGUCUAGCUUUACAAGAUUUCGCGGCAGAACAUUCUACGUUGACAUAUAGGGCUCCCGAACUCUGGCAGCCCCAAAUUGGCGACGCGCGACGCGGCGCUUCCGAUAUCUUUGCGCUGGGGGCGUUGUGCUGGGCGCUGGCCUUCGGGUACUCGCCGUUUGAGAGCGAGUUACGCGCACGAGGACCCGUGAUCGUCGAGUCGAGCCAUUCCCGCGCUUUGAGUGCGCCGGCGGCGCCGCCGCGGUCGUCCAUAUGCCUGAGGCGCUACCCGGGCUUCUACUCUCCGUUGAUCGAGGUGGCGCGGCGGCUCUUCGUCGCGGAGGCUUCUUCCAGGCCCGACGCGCGGGACGCGCUUGAACUGUUGAGGGGCCUCGCGGCGGGGGGCGAGGCGGUCUAAGAAGCGUCGUUGUAA